AACCAAUAGUAAAAAAUAUACUUACGUUAAGUUAAGAAAUGGUAAACCUUAUUCUAAGUUAGGUAGGCAUGCUGCAGCUAGACGAUCUAAACUUGCUUUUAUAUUCCUUCGAUUAUUAACUUGUUCAGAUUUAGAAAGUGAUUUGUCUAUGUUGUUUUGUGAUUCUAUGUCUUGUGAAAAGUCAAUAUUUUGUUCUGUUGCAAAUAAGUUGGGUUUAGUUAAGCAGUUAAGUGUUUCUGAUGCUGUAGAGCUACAUAGCCAAUUAAGGAUGCCCACGGCUGAAUUCCUUAGACUAAGACGUAUUCUGUGUAAUUUUGGUGCAAGGAUUCUCCCAUCUGAGCCCAAGAUAAGACAAGAACAAGAAAUGCAGACAAUGCAUGUCAAUAAAAUUUAUCCAUCUGCGAAUGAAGCAUUAUCUGUACUGAUGGUCAAGAAUUUGACAACUUAUAUUGAAGAGGUUUUUAAUAAUCUUUAUGUACGCGACCACCUUAAUUCAGAUGUCGGUUUUGGCGAAGAAGUUUGGCUCCUUUUUGCUAGUGAUAAGGGUGGGAAGUAUAUGAAAUUCUAUUUUGAAGUUGUCAAUUCUAAAUCAUCAGGGUCUGUAUACGAUGUUCACUUGUUUUGUAUGUAUCAGGGUUCAGACUGUCGUAAGAAUAGUUUUCAGGCAUUUUGCCAACAACAUUAAAAGAAUUCAGUCGUCAGAUUUUAAGCUAAAAGGCAAAAUAGUCAGGUUGUUCUUAGGUAUAGAUUUUCAUUUUAUCGAUGAUGUUCUGGGAUACCAGGGUUCAGCUGUAUAAAACUGUAUAAGUUAUUGUUGAAGGAGUGUAAGACUUUAGAUUGUCAAGCUGUUUCGCGUUUGUCGCAUAAUGAGAAUGUGAGAACGAAUGAAUUGUGGACUGCUAAAAGCGUUGAAUUUUCUAAAACAGCAGAAGCUUUACGUUUAUUAGGAAAUCUACAGGCGCGUUGGUUAGCUUUUAAUAAAAAUAUUUCUAAAUUUUUUCUAAACUCCUCCAAUUCCUCCAAAAAAAUUUCUUUUAUACUUAAAGAUAUGAAGGUUGAGC